AUGAUAAGGUAUUCAUCGGGCGGUCGUCAGGCUUUCACGCCAUCACGCAAUGAUCAGGUAUUCAUCGGGCGGUCGUCAGGCUUUCACGUAACCAUCAGGCCAUCACGCAAUGAUCAGGUAUUCAUCGGGCCGUCGUCAGGCUUUCACGUAACCAUCAGGCCUUCACGCAAUGAUCAGGUAUUCAUCGGGCGGUCGUCAGGCUUUCACGUAACCAUCAGGCCAUCACGCAAUGAUCAGGUAUUCAUCGGGCGGUCGUCAGGCUUUCACGUAACCAUCAGGCCAUCACGCAAUCAUCAGGUAUUCAUCGGGCGGUCGUCGGGCUUUCACGUAACCAUCAGGCCAUCACGCAAUCAUCAGGUAUUCAUCGGGCGGUCGUCAGGCUUUCACGUAACCAUCAGGCCUUCACGCAAUGAUCAGGUAUUCAUAUGGCGGUCGUCAGGCUUUCACGUAACCAUCAGGCCAUCACGCAAUGAUCAGGUAUUCAUCGGGCGGUCGUCAGGCUUUCACGUAACCAUCAGGCCAUCACGCAAUGAUCAGGUAUUCAUCGGGCGGUCGUCAGGCUUUCACCGCAAGCCUACAAACUUAAAAAGGAUUUAUAUAUUUGCAUUGUCAAUUCUUUCUUUCUUUCUUUCUUUCUUUCUUUCUUUCUUUCUUUCUUUCUCACCUUCUUUCUUUCUUUUUGUUUCUUUCUUUCUCAUUCUUGUAUCUGUUUUGUCUUUCUCUUUCUCUCUUCUUUCUUUCUUUCUUUCUUUCUUUCUUUAUCUCUCACCUUCUUUCUUUCUUUUUGUUUCUUUCUUUCUCAUUCUUGUAUCUGUUUUGUCUUUCUCUCUCUCUCUUCUUUCUUUCUUUCUUUCUUUCUUUAUCAAUCUCUCACCUUCUUUCUUUCUUUUUGUUUCUUUCUUUCUCAUUCUUCUAUCUGUUUUGUCUUUCUCUCUCUUCUUUCUUUUUUUCUUUCUUUCUUUCUUUUGCUAA